UAGCUUUGGCCUUAAUUUUCAAGCCACCUAUUUUUGAUAAAUGGAAUGAUCUUUAGAUGACCAAAAAAACUGAACAUGAUAGUUUCUGCAGUAAACAAACUCAAAAUCAAUGAGUUUGCACAAAUGUUCAAAUCAGAUAAAAUAUAAGAGAAGGAAUUCUGUAAAAUGAGAACUCAAAUUUGAUAACUGGUCAAUUCAUGAAACGAAAACCAAUGAAAUUAAGCUAACACAUUUUUAAGAACACAUAUUAUCAUAAAAUGAUAAAAUCUCUUAAAAUUACACUAUUAAAAAAUAUUUUUUUCUAUCUCAUUUUAAGUGUUGUUUUAGGUUUGUGUAUAAAGAUUAAAAAUAUAUUUAAUUUGUAUAUUUUCUAAAAAAAUGAUAUUAUUAUUUAAAUAUUUAAUUAUAUUUCAAUCAAUAAAAAAUAAACUAUAAAAUAAAAUUAAUUAAAUUUACAUUCAAUUUUUGAAAUAAUAUUAAUUUUGUAACAAAAUUUUAUUCUAUAACGAUUUAAUAUAAAACGGAUAAAAUGGAGAGAUUAUGUUUUCCAUGAGUCUUGAAUGGAAAUGACUUAACGCGGUUAUUGCCAACUUACCAUUUUAUAUAACUUUCAGUUUUUUGUUUUGGAAAAUCUAAAAAAAUAUGACGUGUGAGAAAGGGAGCCUUGCAUAUUUAUGUAGCUUAUAUCCACUUGUAUACAUAUUUGGGAAAAUGAUUUUUUCUCUCUUAUUUGUAGUUACAUAUACCCAAUUAUUUAAAAUGGAAUGUAAGCUUUUUGAAAUGAGAUGUAAUAUCUUUCUUUUUGUUGAACUGAUUUCCCUUUUUUCAUUUGUAUAUUUGUGGUAAAUAAAACAUAAUUUUUGUCAACAAAUAAAACAUAAUCUAAUAAUGUUUUUAGCAAAGUUUUGAAUUCCUUAAAACCCUUUCUGCAAUUUAUUUUAUCAAAAGAAACAAUAUCUUCAAAUCUAUAUCCUUCGACUUUUUAAAAUUAUUAAUUUUAAUAUAGAGUUAUUUGGCAGAACACCAGCUAUAUUCUGUCUUAAUAUUAAAUACACAUCAUUAAAUACAUAAUGUAUAACAUAAUUUGUGUUACUAUUAAUCUUGUGUUACAAUAGAAAUUUAAUUAUGCAUAAUAUGUUUCUAAAAAAUGUCAAGACAUAUUUCACUGAAAUAAUAAUAUCUAAUGCUAUAUUUUUUGAAUAAAAUAUAAUAAACUAUAAAUAUAAUUAUGUUUAUUUAUUGUAUUAAAAUUAUUGAUAUAAAUGUUCAAAAUUAUAGCUUUAUGUAUGUGAAUACAAAUUAUAUAUUUAUAAUACUAAUAUUUAAAUUUAAAUUCACAUAAUUUAUAUUGAUGAACUUGAAAUGUAUUUUAUAGAAAACAAUAAUAUCCAAUUAUAAUUUUUUAAAAUAAAAUCAAAACAUAAAAAUCUGGAUGAAAUAUUUAUGGUAUAAAUUUUAAAUAUAUUGAUGUGUUUAAAACAAUUACAAGAAAAGUUUGUGAUAUGAUGAAUAUUAUACUUUUUAUUAAAACUGUUUUUUUUCUAUAUAUUAAAAUAAAAAGGUUAUAUAUCUCAAGUAUUACAUAUUAUAUUUGAAAAAAAAAUUGAAUAAUUAUUGGAAAACUGUGACCAUUUUAUAUCCUUGUUAGAAAAUGAUACUAAGAAUCAAAUACUUAAUAUUAAAUAUAUUAAUAUUUCUAAUUCAUUGAUAAUUUUUACCGUAACUGAACUACUACCAUAGUGUUUUUUAUUAAUUUUAUUUAAAAAUGAGUUGUUAUUAUUAAUAGGAUAAAAAAACAAAUGCUAAGUUAUUUGGAUAAAUAUCAAUGGUUGUAGUAUCCACAGACUUGCCUUAUGGUUACAUCUUAACUCUUACAGCUCAAAGAUUACAAACACUUGGAUGUCAAAACAGAUCAAACAAUUAUCCAAAAUCCAAACAGAAUAAUUCCAUACAAAAACAAGAAAAACACAUUUGGUUAGCAAUAAAAUUGCACAUAAUUGUACUUAAAUUGUUUAAUUUUUUUUAUUUAAUAGAUCCUCAACCAGAAGUGUAUAAAUAUAAACAUACAUAACCUCCCCUGCACCAUUUGUCUGACACCACCAAACUCUUCCCUCUCUCUCUAUUUGUUUUGAUUUGAUUUUCUUCCUCAAAAAAAUAGAAACCCAAAACGAAAGUCUCGAGAUUCCUUACGAUUUUUUUAGUUUUCUUCUUGAAGAUCUGUAGCCAAGAACAGUUUUUGUUUUUUGUUUAAUUCUUUGAUUUAUCUAAGGGUUUAAUAACCCUGUGAUUGAAUGGGUUCUGGGUUCUCUCUCUUCACCAAUGGUUCAUCUUCUUCUUCCUCUCGUGAGAGAGAUCUGUUAACGCCUGGUCUGGGCGAUUUGCCUGAAAGUUGCGUGGCGUCGAUCCUCGAGAACUUGGAUCCGGUCGAGAUCUGCAGAUUCUCAAAGCUAAACAGAGCUUUCCACAGCGCUUCUUGGGCUGAUGUCGUCUGGGAAUCGAAGCUUCCUCAAGACUACAGACUGAUUCUCGAGAAAAUCAUCGGCGGUUUCCCGGAAAAGCUGCGGAAAAGAGACAUCUACAACUUUCUCUCUCGUGUUAAUUCCUUCGACCAAGGCACAAAGAAAGCGUGGGUGGAUAAACGAACCAGUGACCUCUGUUUAUACAUAUCCGCCAAGGGAUUGUCCAUCACCGGAAUCGAUGAUCGGAGAUACUGGAAUCAAAUUCCUUCUGAUGAGUCUCGAUUUGGUUCGGUAGCAUAUCUUCAGCAAAUCUGGUGGUUCCAAGUUGAUGGAGAAAUCGAUUUCCCGUUCCCGGCUGGAACCUACAGCGUUUUCUUCAGGCUUCACCUAGGUAAACCGGGAAAGCGGUUUGGUUGGAAGGUCUGCAACACUGAACAGAUUCAUGGUUGGAAUAUUAAACCGGCUCGGUUUCAAAUUUGGACUGAGGAUGGUCAACACUCUUCGUCUCAAUGCAUGUUAACCGGAUCAGGGAGCUGGAAUCACUACCAUGCUGGAGACUUUGUGGUUGGAAAAUCGAAAAGCUCGUCGACGAAGCUUAAGUUCUCCAUGACGCAGAUCGAUUGUACACAUACCAAAGGAGGGUUGUGUGUAGAUUCUGUAAUUGUGUAUCCGAGCUCGUGUAAGGACCGGUUGAGGCGGGUUUAAGUGUCUAAACCGAAGUUUGGUUUUUGUUUAGAGGUUAUAAAAGCUAACUCUUUUUUGGAAGUAGCUUUUUAACCUUUUUGGGGGUAAAAGUAAAAAGAUAAAUUAGGGGUAAUUAUUACUAAUUAGGGUCUUUGUUUCGUAAUAGUUUUUAGGUUCAAUGUGUAAAACUUUUGAGUUUGAAGUUAAAGUUUCCAUUUAAAGCA